AUGAGUCUUGGACCAUUAUUAACAGAGGUGACACUUGCCUUUUGUUUGGCAGUGACUUUACUUUAUAGAUAUGGAAAUCCUUUCAGGCAACAUAUUAUCGUUACACUUUCAGUAUUGAUUGCCUGGUAUUUCUCCCUGUUGAUAAUAUUUGUUUUACCACUCGACGUAUCGUCUACGGUUUUUCGACAAUGCGUAGAAUUAAAUAUUCACAAUGGUACAUUAAAUUCAACUGUCAAUACAACCGAUGAACCUUUACAUUUAUGUAUUGAACCAUGGUCACGUGUUCCAAAUGAUGUUUAUCCAAAUUUAUGGCGAAUUGUUUAUUGGACAUCACAAUUAUUAACAUGGUUAAUUCUUCCUUUAAUGCAAUCGUACAUUAAAGCAGGUGAUUUUUCAGUUCGUGGAAAAUUGAAAUCGGCAUUAAUUGACAAUGCAAUUUACUAUGGAAGUUAUCUUUUUAUAUGCGGAGUUCUUUUAAUUUAUCUUGCCUUAAAGCCAGGAUUAGAUCUUGAUGGGCCGAAAUUGAAAGCAAUUGCAUCUUCAGCAUCGAAUACUUGGGGAUUGUUUUUACUUGUUUUAUUGCUUGGAUAUGCAUUGGUUGAAGUACCACGUGGAUUAUGGAAUGCCAGUAAACCUGGAUAUACUCUUCAUUAUAGUUAUUUCAAAGUUGCUAAACUCAGUAUGGAAAAAUGUGAAGCUGAAGAAACAGUAGACGAUAUUCUCGAGUCACUGCAAGCAGCAUCGGCGGCAAUUAAUCCUGGACAUCCGUUUCAUGUGAAUCUUGAGACUAUAUUUCACAAAGUGCCAGUUGAGUUAAAGGAUCGAAUGAAUAGAAGACAAUUACCGGAAGAUACUCCACUUGAUGUGCCCUCGGAAAAAGCAUUGAUUCGAUUACAUAGACAGACUAUUAAAGCAUUACAAACGUUACAAAGAACGGAGACACAAUGGGGAGUUUUGAUAGACAAUAUUAUAGAUUUAGAGGAUGUUGCUAGAAAUCAAGCUAGUCAUGAUAAGAGAUUUAAAGCUACAUAUCCAGUUUUAAGACCACUUCCAAUUCGUUUUAUUUACAAUCCUUCAAUCGAAUGGUAUUGGAAAUGCUUUUUAAAAAGUUAUAUUUUGAAAAUCUCCGCUAUUGCCGCGGCUUGUCUUUCAUUUGCUGUUGUUUGGUCGGAAGUAACUUUCUUCAGUAAGAAUCCUGUACUUUCAAUAUUCGCUCAAUUCAUUCAAUUAGCUAGCAAGAAAUACGAUUAUUUCACAAUAGAAAUACUUUCUACUCUUAUCAUUGCUUAUUUAUGUUAUUGUGCUUAUUCAACUAUAUUAAAAAUUCGAGUGUUAAAUUUAUAUUAUUUAGCACCACAUCAUCAAACAAAUGAAUACAGUUUGAUAUUCAGUGGUAUGAUGUUUUGUCGUCUCACACCUCCCUUGUGUCUCAAUUUUUUGAGUCUCAUUCAUAUGGACUCAUAUCAUCAUAUUAUUCAAAAUCAUAUUAAAGCAAGAACAUUGGAAACACAUUAUACACAAGUAAUGGGCCAUAUGGAUGUUAUUAAUAUUAUAUCCGAUGGAUUUAAUAUUUAUUUUCCCAUGGCAAUACUUGGAUUUUGUUUGGCAACGUAUUUUAGCGUUGGAAGUCGACUUUUGUCAAUGCUUGGUUUUCAACAAUUUUUAGGUGACGAUGAACUCACAUCUGAUCUCGUUGAAGAAGGAAGGGAAUUAAUUAAAAGAGAGAGGAGGAAACGUCAACGUGUUGAAGAAUCAAUGAGUCGUCGACGGGAAUUUCAGGAGAGAUUUGGUUCAUCAAUGUCAUCUCGUUAUAGAACUUCAAGGCAAAAUUCAGAUACAGUAAUGUCCUUGAAAAGAGACGAGUCCACGGAAUCUGCACGAGCUGGUCUCUUACGUGAUUUCGUCGAUCCAUCGGAAUACUACGUUGGCACAACAUUUGGAAAUGAUGGUUACGGUGCUAAUAAUCGUAUCGAUCGUGGUUAUCAAUCUGGAGAUUUAUCCAUCGAGGAUGCGAGAACAUACUCGAUAAACAGCUCUCAAUUAGGGCAUCCACCUAGGGGAAUAUUUGACGACAUUUAAAAAAAACAAUUUUCCAUAACUAGACAAAUUUUAUUAAUAAUUUUAAAACUGUAAAUAUAUUCUUUUUUUUUCUAUAAAACAAGUGAUUUGCAAA